GCUAGUUGUGACACUUGUGACUGGUUGUGAUUUUUCGCUCUCUUCUUUCCUUUGGAAUUUCUUGUGAUUACAAAAUAAGUUUAACUCCAAGAAAAGGAUGACUGAUCAAAAUACUGAUAAACUCAUCACAGAAGCUGAUUUUUUUAUAAGGCAGUCGCAAAUCAUUUCCAAAAGAUUAAAAUCAGUUGAGAUGCUUUUAAGAAGCCUUGCGGACGAUCCACAGACUGAUGCUGAAAUUAUAAAUCAACGAUCAAAUAAGUUUGAUAUGUUGAAUAUUUCUACAUUUUGGAUUAGAGGACAACAAGAAUAGCUGAAAAUGCUGUAUUAUAAUAUUCUACCCGUGGACAAUAUGGAGUGGAGACCAAUCCAUUGCAGUGCGACUCAAUCUACCGGAGCCUUGCAGUUCACCACAAUGUGCAGUUAAUAAUUGUGAGGUGUGUUGCGAAUCAGUCUUGAAAAUGUUCAUCGAAACUAAUCUGUUGAAUAAACAGAGUAACGUGGUGGAAAGUUAUACUGCUGUAUGGAGAAUUAUCAGCAAUAUCAUUUGUGGCAUGAGACAGAAGGAACACAUGUUGGCCCUUCAGAGAGCCCGUGUUGCGGCCGCCAAACAGAGAGAAGAAGCUGACUUUCCAGAAGAUCUGAAAGAUCUGUACAACGACUGGAACAAUCGACCAGAGAAGAAAGCCGGCGUUCACCUGCCCGUAGUCAGCGAUAACCUUGUCCAAACGAUGGUAGCCGACUUGAACAGCGAUGACUAUUUGCAAACGAAGCUAGCCGACUUGGAAAUUGAAAACAACACUGCCCUACCCCAGACAACGACUGUCAAACGGCUGUUGGCCAUGCAGCAGAAAGACAGGGCGUUGAUUUUCAAUCGGCCGAUAAGGGUGGUCAAACCACAACAAGUGAAGCUCACCCCGCAGGGCCUGAUGAGUGCCUUGACAGGCAAUCAACUCAGGGUUUUGCCCGUCAGGUUGACGCCGCAAAGGAGUAUCCUGCAGAAUAGGACAAACCAACCAACCACUGUACCCGGGUACUCUCUGUUGGGUCGUCCCCGGGUGGGGAGACCCCCACUGAUGACGUCACAAGCCGCUGCUAACCGUGUAAUCACGUUCCGUCGUGCAUUACCGCCCAGGCAAGUACAACAGACCCAGCCCAAUGUCACAUUUAUUCAGCCCAUGCCGAAAACUAGGGAGAACGAUGAGAAUGAUUGUAGCAAACAGUAAAGGUUUUUCAUGUAUUUUGUUUAGUAUGAAUCUUCUAAGCAUUUGUUUUGAAACUAUUCGUUUUGAAGAGAGUAGCAAAACUCAGUUUAAUUGUAGACCAAAAAUAUGGGAAUCUUGUUGGUGUAAGGAAGUAGCAAACAGUGAAGGUUUUUCAUGAAUUUUGUUUAGUAUGAAUCUUCUAAGCAUUUGUUUUUGAGAAAAGUAACACAUGUAACACGGUAUUAAUUGAUAGUGGUCUCUAAUGUGGUAUAUAUUGGUGGUGUGAGCAAGUUCAAAAUGAAAGUAGAAAAUAAUGAAGAUUUCUCAUGAAUUUUGUGUAGUAUCAUUCUUGUGAGCAAUAUUUUAGUGAACUAUUUUUGUUUUAAGAAAUCUAUCACCUAGAUUUCUUACUAUAGUGUUAUAUUUUCAAUAAAAAUUUCAUCUCUGUAAACUCUACUGCUCUUUCUAUAGAUUGAAUUUGUGGUAGUUUGAAGAAUUUGUUCUUCAAUGUAUCUUGCUCUGAAUGUUAAAACUUCAAAGUUUUUAUAUAUAUAAGUCCCACAAUAAAUCAAGCUUUUACAAUUCAAAUCUCAUUCAAGCUUAAAAUGAUUCAUCUCAAGGUCCAAUCUUAGUAAAUUCAGAAGAAACACGACACCGUAGUGCUAUCUUUCAGACAAUUUUGUUACUUCAAUGCCCAUUUUUUGUAAAAUCUGUUAAUCAGUUUUUAUUGGAAGAUAUUGAAAGAAUACCUUUCAAAUUACUUUGAGAAGAAACUUAAAAACAAUUUCUAUAUAGAGUCCUAUUUAUUACUAAACAGUAUUAUAACCAAAUAUUAUAUUAUUUCUAGAGCUUUAAGAUAGUAUUUGUACAAUUACCUUCUAGUAUUCUGUAAAUAUCAGUAGUCUUUUUGUAGUAUUGAAUUAAUAUUGUAAACAUUUCGGUAGGUUUGCUUAGCCUGGAUGAUUCUAAAAAAACAACUAAACAAAUAUCUUAAAAACAACUUAUGGUAAUUGAACCAUACUUAAUGAUUGUGUAGUUGUUUUGUUUGAGAUUUCGUAGAUUUUAACUUUUCCUUUUUUUCAUCUGUAAAUUACCUUCUAGUAUUCUGUAGAUACCGGUAGUCUUUGUGUAGUAUUGAAUCAAUAUUGUAAACAUUUCUGUUGGUUUGCUUAGCCUGAAUGAUUCUCAAUGUGUAGUUGCUUUGUUUCAUUAUGUUUUGGAUUUCGUAGAUUUUAACUUUUCCUUUUCUCAUUAAUCAAUAAAUAGUUCUC